UCCGAAUGGCCCGGAAUAUUUACCAACGGACCAAGCUGCCGGAAGUUAAAGGUUUCUAACGUUCAUGUGGAUUCUUGUUGACAACAAAAAGUGUCUCUGAACAUUUUUAAAUAUAAAGGUUUCAUAUAUACGAGCGUCAAAAUAAAAAAUGUCCGACAACGAAGAUAACUUCGACGACGGAGACUUUGAUGAUGCUGAGGAGGAUGAAGGAUUAGAUGACCUGGAGAACGUGGAAGAUGAGGACCAGGAGAACGUGCAGAUCCUUCCAGCAGGAGAGGGGCAGCAGGCCAACCAGAAGAGGAUCACAACACCUUACAUGACCAAAUAUGAGAGAGCCAGAGUGCUCGGGACCCGAGCUCUCCAGAUAGCGAUGUGUGCACCAGUCAUGGUUGAGCUGGAGGGAGAAACAGACCCCUUGCAAAUAGCUAUGAAAGAGCUGAAGAGCAGAAAGAUCCCCAUCAUCAUCCGCAGGUACCUUCCAGAUGGGAGUUAUGAGGACUGGGGCUGUGACGAGCUCAUCAUUACUGAUUAAAUCACUCACCCAGUCUGCACUGAUAAAAUAGUAUAUGCUGGUUCAGCCCCACCAUUGCAUCAGGUCAGUCAGCGACACAAACCCAGAAGGCUGAUGGAAGUAUCACCCACCUGUUCAUGCUUCAGUUUGAUCCACUAACAUCGAUCACAUCAGGUGACUCUGUGAGUCGGGGAAAUAUAACUACAUAAAAUGUACUGAACAGACACAAGAAGAUGAAGUAAAAUCUAAACAGUGUGUUGCUUGCAGGGUUAUAAUCCUGUGAUCAGACUUGUUACAUCUCAAGUUCAAAAAUCUUCUUUUUUUAACAGUUGCAGUCUCAUUUAGAGCCACAAGGGGGAAAUGUAACUUAAGUCAAACAUUUACUUUGUUUUACAAAAUAUUCCUGUGUUGUAAUUAUUCCAUUUGUUGUUUGGAAAGAGAGAGGUGGUUAGUAUGAAAGAACUCUUUUAUUGUUAUUAAUAAACUCUUUUGUAUAAAUUA